AUGGCAAAAAAUAUGGACCAGUUAAGACGAGAUAAACUUCAAAUGCAAGAAACAAUAACAGAUUUACAGUUUAGGUCCAUGAAAAUGAACUCGGUCUUUAGUGGUUUGGGAGGAGAGAGAAAGAAUGAAAAUACACAGGAAAAGCUGCGUCAAUUUCUUUACAACGAGCUGGAGGUUACGCAUCACGUAGAAUUCAGUAACGUCCAUCGCUUCGGACGCUUCACUAAAGGGAAACCUCGACCAAUUGUUGCUCGCUUCCUGUAUCAAGAGGAUCUGGAAAUGGUAUUGGAACGAUCAAGUUGGCUACGGGGAACAUCCUUUGGAGUACAUAGACAAUAUCCAGUGACCAUGGAAAAACGUCGACGGGAGCUCAUACCAAUCAUGCGCCAACUACGUAGCGAGGGGGCGCAUGUCAAACUUGUGCGCGAUAAGUUAAUUGUGAACGGUCGGCAGUAUGACCCGGACAACCAUAGUUACAUGUACGCAGAGGAAGAAGAUUGGGACACGAACGAUCCUAUGGAUUAUGAUAUGAAUGCAAAUAAUAACCAGAGCCACGCUCCAUCGCAGGGCACUGCAAGGGGUUUCAGAUAG